GGGACUGGCUGAUGUUGCUGCUGGUUGGCUCUCUCUCUCUCUUUCUCUCUCUCUCUCUCUCAUUAUAUAUGAAACCGUUGCAGAGAACAGAGAUACGAAGAAGAGACUCGAAUUUUCUCAACACACACACUUUCUCUGCGUGCAAGCUAGCUCAUCUAAAUCCCUCAUUGAUCAAAACCCAUCAUCAUCAUCAUUACCCCAUCUCUCUCUCUGUGUUGUGUUUUUGGGCUUGCUUUGCUUUAUAUACCUCACUGUGCAUGUGACAUACUCUGCCUAUACCCAAAACUCCCUCUUUACUCUUCAUACCCUUUCAGUCUCUCUCUCUCUCUCUCAUACACAAACUAAACAUUUCUUUCAAAUUAAGGAGAGGUGUUUGAUUGAUUGCAUGAACUAUAUGGAUCCUUCAAGUGGACAACAACACCAGGAAAUGUCAGCUCAUUCACUGGACAUGCUGGUCUGCUCAAAAACCCAACAGCAGCAGCAGCAGCAAGACAGGAAGCCAAGGCCUCAACCAGAGCAGGCUCUCAAGUGCCCAAGAUGUGACUCCACAAACACCAAGUUCUGCUACUACAACAACUACAGCCUCUCUCAGCCAAGGUACUUCUGCAAGGCCUGCAGAAGGUACUGGACCAAGGGGGGUACUCUGAGAAAUGUUCCAGUGGGUGGUGGGUGCAGGAAGAACAAGAGAUCCUCCUCCUCAUCAAAGAGAUCACAAGACCAACAACCCCUCACACCCAAUUCCAAUAACCCUCUCCCUUCCCUUGGAUAUGACUCAAAUGACCUCACCCUUGCAUUUGCUAGGCUCCAAAGACAGUCAUGUGGGCAGUUGGGUUUUGAUGACCAAGACCACCUUUCUAUUUUGGGAAACCCCAACAACACCACUUCCCAUGGUGAUCAUUCUAUUCUUGGAAACCAUGGCCUUAACAUGAACACUACUUCAGCUGCUGCAGCACCUGGGUUUUUUGAUGCACUCAGGACUGGGUUUCUUGAAACCCAUAAUGGUAAUUUCCAGAACAUGUAUUAUGGGUUUGGAAAUGGGAGCAACAGCAGCAGUUUGGGUGAGGUUGAAAAUGGGGCAUGUGGAGAAAUGGGGCUCCACACAUUUGAGGAAAUGACCAACUCAACCACCACAGCAGUCACGGUGACAACAAUGAAGCAAGAGCUUUGCAAUGCAAGAGAUCCUCAAAGUGAGAGCAACAGGGUUUUGUGGGGCUUCCCAUGGCAGCUCAAUGGAGAUGCAAACAAUAAUAUGGUUAGUAAUGAGUGUGAUUCAGGAAGAGUAGAGAGCUGGAAUGGUCUUGCUCCAUCUUGGCAUGGGCUUCUCCACAGUCCCCUAGUGUAAAACCCUUAAUGAAUUCAGCAGUGUUUAGUGUGAUGAUCAGCAAGAAAAACAAAAGCUAAGAAAGCAUAGGUUUUUAAUAGGUUUUUUUUUCUUUCUUCUUCUUUAAUUUGUUCACUUAUCAGACUUAAAAUGUCAGUUUUAGUGCUUUUAAGUUUUGCAUUAAGAUGUUAUAUCAUAUGGAUAUGAUUCACUUGAAUCAUCAUCAUCAUCUCCAUUUUCAUUUUA